CAAUUCCGAAGCUGGAGCAGCUGAGCAGCUGUGAUUGGCGCAAGCGCGCCUGGCCAGGGCGUUGGACGCGAUGAGUCUCACAGAGCUUCUUCUGGCUACUCAGGAUCCAACAAAGAACGCCCAGGCGGAGGCCCAGAUCAGACAGGCCGAGCAAGCCAGCGUUGACCAGUACUUCACUGCCUUGGCACAGGAGCUGGCAAACGCAGAGAAACCUGUUGUGGCUCGGCAGCUUGCAGGCCUGCUGCUCAAGAACGGCUUGGCUGCGAAAGAUGCGGUGAAAGACCGUGAGCUCAAAAACCGAUGGGCGGCUUUGCCAGCAGCGAGCCGAAACUUGGUGAAGGAGGCCACCACCUCCGCUUUGAUCUCGCCGCAGACGGACGUGGGUAAGGCUGCAGCACAGGUGCUUGCCAAGAUUGGGGCCAUAGAGAUUCCGCCGAACGAGUGGCCGGGGCUGGUUCCGCUUUUGCUGCAGCACGUGACCAACACCGAUGCCAGAGCCCGGCAGAUCUCCCUGGUUUGCCUGGGAUAUCUUUGCGAAGAGUUGGUGCUCGUACAGGAGGAGGGGGCCAAUAUCAGCGAUGAUAUUGCAAACAACAUCCUGACAGCAGUUGUUCAAGGCAUGCGAGACCCAGAUCCUCAGACCAAGCUGGAGGCGACCAGGGCCUUCUACCACGCAGUAGUAUUGGCCAAGAGGAACUUUAAGAAUCAAGUUGAGCGGGACGUCAUCAUGGCGGUCAUGAAUGACACCUGCCGCUUCACGGCAGCUCCUGACGUUCAAAUUGCAGCCUUCGAGUGCUUGGUGCAGAUUGCCACCGAGUACUACGAUUUCCUCAUGCCGUACAUGAACGGCUUGGGCUUGUUGACUCUGGAGACCAUCAAGUCGGCACCAGAGAAGGUGGCAAUCCCUGCCAUGGAAUUCUGGUCCACUAUUUGUGAUGAGGAGCUUUACUUGAUGGACCUCAUGGCCAGUGGCCAGGCAACUGGUGGCAGAGCUUCGCUGAACCUCAUCCAGCAGGCCCUGCCCCAUCUUGUGCCGCUGCUCACAGAGACUUUGACCAAACGUCAGAGCGAGGACGACGACGACACCUGGAACUUGGCCAUGGCAGCAGGUACUUGCCUCGCACUGGUGGCACAGGUGGUCGGUGAUGCCUGCGUAGACUUGGUGCUGCAGUUUGUGAACGGCAACUUCACGAAUCCUGAUUGGAAGUUUCGGGAAGCUGCGGUCCUGGCCUACGGCUCCAUCAUGGAGGGGCCCACCAGUGAGAAGAUGCGGCCCAUGGUGGAGCAAAGCCUCAGCCAUUUGGUGAUGGCGCUUCAAGACCCCAGUGUUGCAGUGCGCGACACCAUUGCGUGGACGCUGGGUCGAAUCGCGAUGUUUCAUCCGGCCAUAGUCCCCGUGAAGCAGCUGAUGCCUUUGCUGUGCGAGAAGCUGCGCGAUGUUCCCCGGGUGUCUGCCAACAUUUGCUGGAAUGUGCAGGUUCUGGCAGAGUCGCAGCCCGGUGGUAUUGCUGCUGGCCAGUACCCGGACAGCACCGUGCUCUCCGAGUUCUUUACGGCCAUUGCCAUGGGGCUCUUGGAGGUCGUCGCUCGGCCAGAUGCUGAUGAGCGGCAGUUGAGAAUGGCAGGGUACAACGCCCUCAGCGUUUUGGUCAGCAAGGCCGGCAACGAUUGCUUGGGCCACAUGCAGGCGCUCACACAGGAGAUGCUUAAGCACCUUGCGGAGUCUUACAAGUCCAUCGACCGGGAAUGCGAGCUGCAGGGCUACAUUUGCGGAGUUCUCACGUCGCUAGUGUCACGCCUCAGGGAGAAUAUCGCCCCUGCCGCGGACAAAAUCAUGGAAGAGGCCCUGAAGGUCAUCUCAGCCUACCAGCAGGUUCGAGGAGGUGCUCAGGUACUUCACGAGGAGGCGCUUCUUCUGAUCGUCGCCCUGGCGAAUGCGGCUGGAGCCGGCUUCGAACGGUUCAUGCCUCACUUUGCACCUCACCUCUCUGUUGGACUGCAGAAUUACGAAGAGGUUCAGGUGUGUUUGACAACCACGCGGAUGGUGGGCGACCUUUGUACCGCACUGGAGGGCAAGAUCGUAUCGUACUGCGACACGAUUUUGCAGAUCCUCUACAUCAACUUGAAAAAUCCGGCAGUGGAUCGGAAGAUCAAGGCAGCCGUGAUGACCUGCUUUGGGGACAUAGCGAUGGCCAUCAGUGGCGACUUCGAGAAGUACCUUGGACCGGUGGUGCAGAUGCUCAGAGAGGCAUCCUCUACAAGGCUUGCAGAUGGGCCAGAUAGUGAGGAGUGGAUCGAGUACCUGAACAGCCUCCGGGAAGGUGUGCUGGAAGCGUACUCGGGCAUCAUUCAUGGUCUGAAAGAGUCCGGCAAGUUGCAGCUCUUUAAGGAGCACGUGAACACAGUGCUCAUGUUAGUUAAGGAAAUCACUGAAGAUCAAACUUCGCAGAUGCCAGUGAUCAAAGCAGCAGUUGGUGUCGUGGGUGACCUGGUGCUGGUGUUCCAGACAGAGCUGACAGCCUAUGUGGGCAAGGCUCCCUUUUUGGGCCAAUUGGUGCAGCUGGCAAUCAGGAGUCAAGAGCCCAAGCUGCUGCAGAAUGCUCAGUGGCUGCAGGGUAUGUUGGUCAGGUUCGGUGGGACGUGAAGCGUUUGCCGCUGGGCCACGCAAUUCGAAGGCGAGGCAUGCCAUGUGGCACCCGCAUUGCGCAAAGUCGCACCCUUCGAGUCGGCGGCUUGAUUAC